UCUGCCACACAUUUUCGUGAAUUGUCAAAAGAAACGCCGGUUUUUGUUUGUUGUGCGAAAUAUUUGUAAAAAUCUCUUAAUUUUCGUAAUAAAAUAGAUACUCAUAAAUGAAAAUGGAUAAAAAUCUUCAUCAGCAACUAUAUUCGGGUAUGGCGCGACAUUCUUUGGGCGGCGCUGGUACCGGGAUACGCGCCAGACAGACAUCUGCAUCAACAUUUAGCAAUGUCGGACGCAAAUCUUUAGGUGGUUCAGCCUUGAGUUAUGCUGCUGGUGGUUUAAAGAAGGCAACUGGUGGUGGAGGCAGUAUAGGACAAAGCCGUUACAGCAUUUCUGGACGUUCGAAUCAAUCGUUUAUGGGCAUACGUUCGGAUUUCAAUUUAGUUGAAAGCUAUGGCUUGCAGUUGCCUGUUCUGGUAAAUGAGGCCUUAACAUUUAGCGAGAAAAACCAAUCUGUGUCAGUUCGUUGCUCUGAAAACGGCUGGGCUUGGGUGGUGCACGGUCGCCGCCUUUUAGUUUGGCAAUAUAAAGAUGUGCGUAAUGCCAGCACUGGCAAUUCACCACCCAAGAGCGCCAAGGAUCUAUUGGCUCGCAGUCAUCAGCGCAGAGGUGGCGCCAUGGCUCAAUGUCGGGAAUUGACACUACCCCACUGCGAUAUUGGACACAAAGCAUCUUUGGUUAGUGUUUUCUUAAGUGAAAGUCAACAAAUGGCCUCGUGUGUGGCAGUUUCACCCACUGGUGAUGUACGUUAUUGGCCCUCAAUAGCCCACGAUGGCAGUUCGGUUGAUUUAACAAAUAUUCUCGAUGGUCAAGAGUUUGAUUAUAUGUUAACAUUGCCUCAGCAGCAAAUGCCUUUAAGUUAUUUACUUGUGACAACCACCUGUAGCAUGGUUCUGCUACAAUUGCAAUUGCAAAACGGUCGUCAUGUGCUGCAGCAUAAGACAAUACGUCAACCUUCUGGGUUUUUGGGUGGUAUUGGUAAAAAGUUUGCUUCGAUUAUAAUUGGCAUGAAUAAUGCGAAUGAUAAAGAAAAUAAAUUUGUAGCUGUUGCUUGUGAUCCCCAAGAUUCGGGUGAACGUGAAGCUGUUGUUGCAGUCUUAGCUGAUCGUUGGAUUCAGCGCUGGCGUCUCAAUCAUUCUGGCAACAAUGAACAAAUGUUAUUUGAAGAUUCUGAAAUUAUACGCAAAAUACGUGAUGAAUUUCAACAGAAAUUCUGGAAUGUUAGAGACAGUUUAAAUGUUGAUUUACAACUGCUCGAUAUGCAUAUUUUUGAGGGAAAGACAUAUGUUUUGGCUGGAGCUGUAAAUACCACACAAACUCCGCAAAUGUAUUAUGGCAUGAGCGUUUUAUCUACCAGCAAUGAAGGAAUGCGUUUAUUGAGUUUUACUCCCUUCAAAUUUUCCCACUUCUAUAGUGUGGCUACAGAAAAUGAAUGUUUAUCAUUGCGUUUCAUUAUUUGUCGCACACACAUUUAUAUUUACAACGAUAAGGUAGUCUAUCCUUUGCCUCUAGCCAAUAUACAAAUUGGUGAAAUUGAUGCAGAAAAAAUUGAAUUUCAUUUACAAGAUGAUCGUAUCCUUAGUGCUGCUGUUUGUGCUAAUAUUCCUUUAAUAUUUAGUCGUACUCAUGGUUUAGUUUCUAUAACUCCAGGAGAUUUUGAUAGUUCAGAUAUAAUGAAUGCUUCUUGCACCACACCUGAAGUAUUUUCUCCCAUGGGCGAUACUACUUUAAGGGAACAGAGUGUUUUGUCCUCAUCGAUGAGUAAUAUAAAUGAACAGAAUUUGUACAUGUAUGAAUUAGAUCCAGAUUCUAUAUAUUCGGAAUUUAAAGAUGAAGUUAGUCAAUUGAAGGCGGCUUUUAUAUAUCGUUUGAAACGUAAUACUAAUAUGUGUAAUAGCAUUCUAAAUGAUUUGCUGAGAAAUGCCGCGGAACCAUCUACCACUGGAGAAGCCGCACAAUUGGAUAAAAUUGUUAUUACUAUAGCUGAAGAUUUGGCUGAAGAUAUUCCCGCCACCGAUCCUCGUUGGGAACAGUUAUGGGAAGAACCUAAUGCUCAAAAAUAUGCUUUAGGCAGUUCUUCUUCUUUGCAAAUUAUAACACAACUUAAAGAGAAAAACUUGGCCUUAAGACAUUUUGUAGAAUUUCUACAUGCUACUGGCUUAUGGGAAAAGCUGAGCUCUGUUCCCAGUGCUGGUGGCAAUGUUUUAAAACCCACUAGUUUUGUUAUAUCCGAUAUUAACGAGAGAAUUAUUGCAGCCAUUGCUUUAAGAAGUAUACAAAACAAAUACAACAAACUCAUCGAUGAGGCCAUUAAUUCGCUAGUACAACGUUGGCAAGAACGUCCUCAGGGUAAUUUAACCGCUCAAGAUUUAUUCUAUGUACGCAUCUGCAAAUUCCAAGAUAUUUUCCAAGCCUUCUGCGAUCUAGCCGAUAAUCGUAUAGAAAAUCAACAUCAAUCUUCUAACUUAGCAUCAUUUAUCUCCGAUAUUAAUACAGUCGUUUUGCAUAUUACUACAGAAGUAAUUAAUUUCCGUGAACAGAAUUCUACAAUUUAUUCUUUGCCUGCAGAGAAAAUGGAUUCAUUCGAAUACUUACCUUGGACUGCAAUGUCUGGUAAUAUUGGUUUAAGAGAUUCUCUAUCACAUCUUAUAGAUAUUUCGGUAAAAUAUGGCGCUCAUGGUACUAGUGAUCCUGAUUUGAGACAGAGAAUAUAUCAACAAAUAUUGGAAUUAAUUGAUUUUAUAUUGGAUGGUCGUAAACAUUAUUUGGAAAGUGUAAGAGACACGGAGAAAUUCAAUGUAUUGCAACAGCAGUUUGAGUCACAGAGAAGGGAUUUAAUAUCGAUUUUGAUUGAUAACAAUCAAUAUGAAGCCGCUGCUAAAUUAGCUGAGAAAUACUUGGAUUUCCAAAGUCUUGUUUUACUCUGUGAUGUUACGAACAAUCAAGAGCGUCUCGAUUCAUACAUAAAAAAGUACGAAGAAUAUGAUUUCUCACAAUUUGCCAUUAAUUGGCAUUUAAGACAGAAUCGUCAAGGUGAAGUAUUUGAACGUUUUAAAGGCAAUCAAGCCGCAUUAUCACAAUUUAUGCGUGAUCAUCCAACAUUGGGUUGGAUACAACUUGUAUUUAAUGGUGACUUCGAAAGAGCCUCUAAAAUACUAUUUCAAUUGGCUCAAAGUGAAACAGAAUUUGUGCAAAGGAAAAAGUCCAUGUUAUCGUUGGCCAAACUAUCAGCAUUUGCUUCGACGGGUUCUGAUUUAUCAUUACAAUUAGAAACCAUAAAUGCUGAAUUAAAUAUUGUGGAUUAUCAGGAGCAAUUAAGUGAACAUUUAUUACUGGCCUUUGGUUAUGAUGUUGAACAUCAAAAAGUUUUAAAAAUUGAGGAGAUUAUCAAUUUAUUUAUUGCCGAAGAGAACGAAACAGCUACAGAAUUUGAUUUCCGCAAGGCCUUGGAAUUAUUAAACUAUUUGGAAGAUCCUUUUGAGGCGAGACACAAAAUUUGGUGUGCUGCUAUUUUAAGAGACAAUUGGGUUGAAUAUGAUACAAAUUCUGCUGUAGAUUAUAUACAGAAUUUGUUAUUCUUUAAACUCAUUGAAUUGUGUCAUUUGAUGGAUGGUGACUUUGAAAGUUUUCUACCGCCCAUGGAAGAGUUUAUCAGUAGCACAGAUUUAGAAGAUUUAGUUAGUAAUAAAUCAUUUCAGUAUCUGCUUAAACUUACUUAUGAAUAUAUUAAUGAUGCCUAUAAGAAAAGCGAUGAAAUGAUGGAAAUGUAAAACCUCCAAUUAGUUUGUUUAAGUUUUUAGUGUUAAAAAUAAUAAAAUUGCAUUUUUUGUUAUAAAA